AUGAUUAUUUGUCUGAUCUUGCUGAAAAGUAUUGAAAUACUACUUUUAGCAGUGUCUUGUUUGAGUUGCCACAUUGAACCUGAAGAGGGUAGCCUUGCAGGGGGAACGUGGAUCACAGUCAUCUUUGAUGGUUUGGAGUCCGGUCUCCUUUAUCCCGCCAAUGGCUCUCAGCUGGAAAUAUACCUGGUGAAUGUGGCCGUCCCCGCCUUGCCGAGCAUCCCCUGUGACGUCUCCCCUGUCUUCUUGGAUUUGCCGGUGGUGAUGUGCAAGACCAGGCCUCUGCUCUCCGAAGCAUAUGAGGGUCUGUACUACCUGGAAGUGCACUCUGGGGGACAGGUGGUAGGCAACGCAAUUCCAGGAGCACAAGACAGCUGCACUUUCAAGUUUUCCAGGGCGCAGACACCCAUUGUUUACCAAGUUAAUCCACCAAGUGGAGCUCCAGGAAAACUAAUACACGUGUAUGGCUGGAUUAUCACUGGAAGAUUAGAAACCUUUGAUUUUGAUGCUGAGUACAUUGACAGUCCAUUGAUCUUGGAAGCUCAAGGAGACAAAUGGGUCACUCCUUGCUCUCUUGUAAACAGACAGAUGGGAAGCUGCUAUGCUAUUCAGGAAGACCACGGACUUGGGACACUGCAGUGCCGUGUGGAAGGCAGCUACAUUGGCUCCCAGAAUGUUAGCUUCUCAGUAUUUAACAAAGGAAAGUCAAUGGUACAUAAGAAUGCGUGGCUGAUCAGUGCUAAACAGGAGCUUUUCCUGUACCAGACACACUCAGAAAUACUGUCUGUGUUUCCAGAAACUGGCAGCCUUGGGGGAGGAACCGACAUCACAAUUACAGGAGACUUCUUUGACACUCCUGCCCAGGUUACCAUUGCAGGCAUUCCAUGCGACGUUAGACAUGUGUCUCCCAGGAAGAUUGAAUGCACCACUAGGGCUCCAGGAGAAGGGGCAAGGCUCACCGCUCCUCAGGCAGGCAAUCGAGGGCUUCUGUUUGAAGUUGGAGAUGCUGCUGAGGGCUUGGACCUGACUGAAGUCACCCCUGGGUACAGGUGGCAGGUUGUCCCUAAUGCCAGUUCUCCAUUUGGAUUUUGGUCAAAGGAAGGGCAAACUUUCAGAGCACGACUCAGUGGGUUCUUUGUGGCCCCAGAGACCAAUAAUUACACUUUCUGGAUCCAGGCAGACAGCCAAGCUUCCCUGUAUUUCAGUCGAUCAGAAGAUCCAAGGACCAAGGUAAAGGUGGCCUCCAUCAAGGUGGGCACUGCCGACUGGUUUGACUCCUGGGAGCAGAAUGGGAAUGAAGGGACCUGGCAACAGAAGAGCCCCAAGUUGGAGCUAUUUGGUGGAGCCAGGUACUACCUGGAGGCAGAGCACCGUGGGACAGCCUCCAGCAAGGGGAUGACACUCGGUGUCCAGAUCCAUAACACCUGGCUCAAUCCCGGUGUGGUCAGCACUUACUUCCGGGAGAAGCAUCAGAUCCGAAUCAGUGCUCAGAGACUUCCGGAAAUCCAGAUGUUGAAUGUGUCUGGAAGAGGGAACUUCUUCCUUACCUGGGACAAUGUCUCGAGCCAGCCAAUCCCUGCAAAUGCCACAGCCCAUGAGAUUCAAACAGCCAUUGAGGAAUUACUUGCAGUCAAAUGCCAGCUGGAACCCCUUUCAGCUAACAUCCUACUCCGGCUUGGAUUCGAACAAGGCCCAGAAGGUUCCAGCUUUGAUGGUGCUCUCACCAGUGGGACAGAGCCCUUCUGUGGGAGGUUCAGCCUCUAUCAGCCUCGACACCUUGUCCUCACACCCCCGGCUGCCCAGAAGGGCUACCGGCUGGAUCAGUACACACACCUGUGCGCUGCAUACAAAGGCUCCAUGAACAACAUCCUGAAGGUGACCGUGUCCUUCACAAUGGAUCUUCAAAGCAUUGUUAAGAAGAACAUCACCUGUAACUGGAGUCUCACGGGGACCAGUCCCGAAAGCUGGCAGUUCACUUGCACUGACCUCUGGAAGACGUGCGUGCGUCGUUCGGCGUCUCUCCCGAUGCCUGUGGCAAACUCCCUGGUGCUGGUUCAUCGGGUUGACCUCCUCCCACUGGCUCAGGAGACUGGCGUGUUCUAUAUGGAUGAAAUCAUUAUUGCAGACACAAACCUAACAGUUUCUCAGGCUGAUUCUGGAACAGCUCGCCCAGGCGGGAAUCUGGUGGAAUUGCUCUCUGUGGUGGGAUCCCCUCCAGUCUACAAUGUCACCUCUUGGUUGGCAGGGUGUGGCCUGGAACUCCCACUCAUCACUGCAAGUUCUGUGCCCACUGAAGGAACAGAAGAAGGAUCUGGGGUGGUCCAGGUGACAACACAGAGACUACAGAGAACAAGCCCACCUUUAGGAGGACACUUUUGCAUCCAACUUUCUAAUACAGUGAUUCCUGAUGUCCCUGUGCAUAUUUCAGCUAGUCACCUUCGCCAACUCUUACAGAGCAAUGCUGACGACUUCACUUCCAGGUACCUCAAUGUCAGUGACUUCACUGUGAUGGAGGAUCUGAAGUCUUGCUAUGAACAUGUAUGGACUAUCUUCUGGUCCACCCAGGUUGGGGAUUUGCCCAAUUUCAUCAGGGUCUCUGAUGAAAAUCUAACUGGAGUGAACCCUGCUGCAACCAUUCGUGUGGUAUAUGAUGGUGGAGUUUUUCUUGCACCCAUGUUUGGAGACAUGGUGGUUACUGCCAACCAACACACUCAGGUGGCUGUGCGAGUGAAUGAUAUACCAGCUCAUUGCUCAGGUUCCUGUUCUUUCCAGUACCUUGAAGGGUCAACUCCCUGGGUCCACUCUGUGUGGUAUUCCCUUGAUGGUGACAGCAACCUACUGGUUUAUAUUACUGGAACUAGUUUCUCUGGUGACUCCCAGGCCUUUCAGAUCACAGUGAACACAACAAGUUGCAAAGUUAUUUUCUCAAACCAAACGAAUGUGGUCUGUCAAACAAACCUGCUGCCUGUCGGAGUGCAUCGGCUCUCCAUGUUGGUGGGAACUUCUGGGUAUGCAGUCAGUGCCAGUGGAGAAGACCUCUUUCUACACGUGGAACCCAGACUGGAUGCUGUGGACCCUUCGAGAGCUGCAGAGAUUGGAGGGCUCUGGGCCACCAUCCAAGGCUCUAGUUUGGAAGACGUUAGCCUUGUGUUAUUUGGAUCUCAGUCAUGUGCCGUCAACAUCAGCACAAGCAAUUCACGACAAAUUCGAUGCAAAGUUCCACCGAGGGGGAAAGAUGGACCCAUUGUGAAUGUGACUGUGAUCAGAGAGCACCACUCUGCAGUUCUUUCCAUGGCAUUUACAUAUGUCUCCUCUUUAAAUCCAGUGAUCAUGUCUCUGAGCAGAAACAGAAGCAACAUAGCAGGAGGUGAGACUCUUUUCGUUGGAAUGGCGCUGCCGAGGGACUACGCAGAUUUGGAUGUGGAAGUCCACAUCCAGGAUACGUCGGCUUGGGUUCAUGCAAAGACGGCUCAGGGUUUGGAGGUGGUGCUGCCCCCGCUGCCAGCUGGCCUCCAUAGAAUCUCGGUCUCCAUCAAUGGGGUCAACAUUCAAUCAGAAGGGGUCGAUCUCCACAUCCUGUACAUCACAGAAGUUUUCGGCAUUGAGCCUUGCUGUGGAUCCCUUCUGGGUGGAACCAUCAUCAGCAUCUCAGGAGUGGGGUUCAGCAGGGAGCCAGCUUUACUUUGGGUGCUUGUGGGCAAUCGGUCCUGUGACAUUGUGAACUCAACGGAGACGAACGUCUGGUGUGAGACGCCGCCUGCCUCCCUGCUGCCGGAGGCAGACAUUCUCACGGUCCCAGCCCCCGUGGAGGUCUGGGCUGGCAACAUGUCCUUCACCCAAGGACCUGCACCACGCUUGGUGGGGAAGGACUUUACCUUCUCAUAUGAGGUGGCCGCAACACCAGUGGUCACUGCUGUGCGAGGAGAGAUCACGAAUGGCAGCCUGAGACUCAUUGUGGAAGGAAAUAACCUCUCCAACUCGGUGAUUCUCCUGGGGGGCUUGGACUGUCAUCUUGAGACACAGUCCUUCAGAAGCAACAUGAGCCUGUUUGGGUGCUCCUUUCCUCUUCACAGUUUGGAGGCCGGCGUCUAUCCUCUUCAAGUACGUCAGAAGCAGAUGGGGUUUGCUAACAUGUCUGCAGUGCCCCAGCAAUUUGUGGUGCCGCCUCAGGUCACGGCCAUCUUCCCAACACAGGGGUCUGCUUGUGGCGGGACGGUACUCACGGUGAGGGGGUUUGCUCUCAACUCUAGGAGGAGGUCAGUUCAGGUUGAUCUUUCGGGUCCUUUUACUUGUGUGAUUUUGAGCUUGGGAGACCAGACUGUCAUCUGCCAGAUUAACCUGGUGGGUGACACCUUGCCUGGCACUUUCUUCACUCUGAAUGUCACAGUGCUGGUCAAUGGGCUACCCAGUGAGUGUCAGGGGAAUUGCACUCUUUUCUUGAGGGAAGAGACGACUCCUGUAGUGGAUGCCUUGACCACUAACGCCAGUGGGUCUUUGACUACAGUGCUGGUUAGAGGUCAGAGGUUAGGCACCACAGCUGAUGAACCGAUGGUGUAUUUGGAUGACUAUCUUCCUUGCAUUGUCACUUUCUUUAAUGCAAGCCACAUGGCAUGCUGGAUAAAUGACUUGAACCCAGGACUCCACUACCUGUCAAUAAUUCAUACAAGAUAUGGAUAUGCAUGUUUUGGCAAUGCUUCCAGACUCUUCUAUAUUUCGCCUCAGGUGUUUCAUUAUUUCCCCAAGAAUUUCAGCAUACAUGGUGGAAGCCUCUUGACCAUAGAGGGCACAGCCCUGAGAGGACGGAACAGCACAUUGGUCUACCUUGGCCAGCAGGCCUGCCUGAUGGUGAAUAUCAGCGCCGAGCUCAUCCAGUGCGUCGUUCCUGCAGGGAACGGCUCUGUGGUCCUGGACAUAGAGAUAGACGGGCUUUCACACCCGAUGGGAGUCAUUGACUACAGCAACACGUUCACCCCAGAAUUGCUCUCUGUUUCUCACACUGAUGACAUCUUAACCUUUGUGGUGGCCCGGAUCUCAGGAGCUGUGAACGUGGACAUUUUUAUUGGGAUGUCCCCCUGUGUGGGUGUCACGGGCAACCACACAGUUCUCCAGUGUGUGGUCCCAUUCCUUCCUGCCGGGGAGUACCACGUCAGAGGUUAUGACUGCCUCAGAGGGUGGGCCUCGUCUACCCUGGUGUUCACAUCGAGAGCUACUGUCACAGCAGUGGCCGAGAACUUCGGCUGCCUGGGUGGAAGACUUAUGCAUGUGUUUGGAGCAGGAUUUUCUCCAGGGAACAUCUCAGCUGCUGUGUGUGGUGCUCCCUGCCAAGUCUUGGCUAACGCUACAGUGUCUGCCUUCAGCUGUUUGGUUCUUCCCCUGGAUGGGUCCUUGGCUUCCCUGUGUGACCUGAAGCCUGAGGAGGAGAGCUGUGAAACCUCCAGCCGAACCUAUGUGCAAUGUGAUUUGACUGUCACCGUGGGGACACAGAGACUGCCUGACUUGUGGCCUUACCUCUACAUCUGUGAGGAAAGUAUCCAAUGCCACUUUGCACCAGAUCACCGGACAGAGUCAGUCUUUCCAUCAUUCUCAGGCCUCUUCAUCAGCCCUAAAGUGGAAAGAGAUGAAGUUCUCAUCUAUAAUAGCUCCUGUAACAUUACCAUGGAAACUGAGGCAAAGAUGGAGUGUGAGACGCCUAAUCAGCCAAUUACCGCCAAGAUUACUGAGAUACGGAAAAGCCGGGGCCAGAACACUCAGGGCAACUUAUCCUUGCAGUUCUGCCGGAGGUGGUCGAGGCCUCACAGUUGGUUUCCUGAAAGAGUGCCACAAGAUGGCGACAAUGUCACAGUGGAGAAUGGCCAAUUGCUACUGUUAGACACCAAUACAAGCAUCCUCAACUUACUGCACAUUAAAGGAGGCAAGCUGAUUUUCAUGGAUCCAGGACCCAUCAAGCUCAGGGCACACUCCAUCCUUGUUUCUGAUGGUGGAGAGCUCUGGAUUGGAUCUGAGGACAAGCCCUUCCAAGGCAAAGCUGAGAUCACACUCUAUGGGAGUUCCUACUCUACCCCAUUUUUUCCUUAUGGUGUCAAGUUCCUGGCUGUGAGGAAUGGAACUCUAUCCGUGCAUGGUUCACUACCAGAAGUAAUUGUCACCCAUCUUCAAGCAGCUGCCUAUGCCCAUGACACAGUAUUGGCUCUGGAAGACGCUGUGGCCUGGCACUCUGGGGAUGAAGUUGUCAUUGUCAGUGGAAUAGGUGUUGAAGGUGCCAAACCCAUGGAAGAGAUUGCCAUUGUGGAAACUGUGCACAAUGCACACCUCCAUCUGAGAGCACCCUUGAGGUAUUCUCACAACUUCACAGAACAUUGGGUGGCUGGAGAGCAUCAUAUUUUAAAAGCCACAGUGGCCCUGCUCAGCAGGAAUAUUAUUAUACGAGGAAAUCUCACUAAUGAGAGGACAGAGUUCCUUGCUUCAUGCCAGGGGGCUAAUGCUUCAGAAGGUAAUUUGCAGCACUGUUUGUAUUCUAAGAGUGAGAAGAUGCUGGGAUCCAGGGAUCUGGGUGCCAGAGUCAUUAUUCAGUCCUUCCCAGAGGAACCCAGCCAGGUCUACUUGAAGGGAGUGCAGUUCCGGGAUUUGGGGCAAGCCCUCCAGAAGCAUCUGAGCUCGCUGACUCUAGUGGGUGCUAUGAGAGGUUCCUACAUACAGGGCUGCACAGUGUGGGGCUCCUUCAGCAGAGGCCUCAGCAUGUCCAGGACCCUGGGCCUGAAGGUGGAUAGCAAUGUGUUCUACGAUAUUUUAGGCCAUGCAGUGCUGGUGGGUACAUACACGGAGACAAGAUAUAUUCCGUGGGAGGCUAUUCCUGAAAGAAAAUUGGACUGGUCAGAACAGGGAAACAUAAUAAGAAACAAUGUGAUCAUCCGUGUUUCUGGCGCCGAGGGACUAUCCAGUACUGAACUGUUGACACCAUCUGGUGUCUAUACCCGCAACCCCACCAAUGUUAUCGAGGGAAACAUGGUAUGUGCUGCUGGUUAUGGCUACUUCUUUCAUCUUGUAACCAGCCAAACAUCACAAGCUCCACUUCUCUCCUUCACUCGGAAUAUUGCACAUUCUUGUACGAGGUGUGGUCUCUUUGUAUACCCUAAAUUUCAGCCACCUUGGGAUAAUGACAGAGGCCCCACCCUGUUGCAAGACUUUGUGGUUUGGGGAAGUGCAGGUGGUGCCCAGAUUUUUAGGAGUAGCAAUCUUCAUCUAAAAAGCUUCCAAGUUUAUUCAUGCAGAGAUUUUGGAAUUGACAUCUUGGAAAGUGAUGCAAAUACUUCAGUUACUGACAGCUUAUUACUUGCUCAUUUUGCUUACAAGGAAAGCCUGUGUAUGUCAGCUGGGAUCAAAACACCCAAAAGAUGGGAACUGAUAGUAUCUAACACAACCUUUGUUAAUUUUGAUCUCACUGACUGUGUGUCCAUCAGAACCUGUUCAGGCUGUUCCCGAGGACAGGGUGGAUUUACUGUGAAGACCAACCAGUUGAAGUUUACAAACUCUCCCAACUUAGUAGCAUUUCCAUUUCCUCAUGCAGCAAUAGUGGAAGACUUGGAUGGGUCUCUGUCUGGGAAAAAUGGAAGUCACAUUGUUGCUUCUAUGGAAACGCUCUCAGAUUCUUGUUUGGUCAAUGCCAGCUUCAGUCAGAUUGUCCCUGGCAGUGUUUGUGGGGAAGAUGUUCUCUUUCAUCGUAUGUCUAUUGGAUUAACUAAUGUUCCAGAUGUUUCUUAUGAUUUAACCGUGACCGACAGCAGAAAUAGGACCACCACUGUCAAUUAUGUGUGUGACACAUUGUCUAACUCUUAUGGCUGGAUGGCUCUGCUCUUGGAUCAAGAGACCUACUCACUCCGAUUUGAGACCCUUUGGAUCAACAGAUCUCUACAGUACUCAGCAACAUUUGGCAACUUUGGUCCUGGGAAUUACCUCCUUCUGGUACACACAGUCCUGUGGCCUUAUCCUGACAUCCUCAUAACGUGUGGGAAUCAACUGGGGCGGUCCCUUCCAUCUCUUCCAUCACCUGGUAAAGACCAAGGCUGUGACUGGUUCUUCGAUAGCCGGUUGAGGCAACUCACCUAUUUGGUUUCAGGUGAAGGCCAAGUUCAAGUAAUUCUCCAGGUGAAGGAAGGUGUGCCCCCAACUAUUUCAGCUGCUACCUCUGUGCCUGAAUCAGUUUUUAAAUGGUCUCUCCCUGAAGCAUGGACAGGUGUUGAGGAGGGUUGGGGAGGACACAACCAUACCGUUCCAGGCCCUGGGGAUGACGUCCUGAUUUUACCAAACAGGACUGUCUUUGUCGAUGUAGAGCUUCCAUUGCUCAAAGGCCUCUAUGUGAUGGGGACUUUAGAAUUCCCCGUGGACAGAAGCAACGUUCUGAGUGUGGCGUGCAUGGUCAUUGCAGGCGGGGAGCUGAGAGUUGGUACUUUAGAGAAUCCCUUAAAAAAAGAACAAAGUCUUCUGAUUCUCCUUAGAGCUUCAGAGGGAGUCUCCUGCGACCGUUUCAAUGGAAUUCAUAUUGAUCCAGGAACAAUUGGGGUGUAUGGGAAAUUUCAGCUUCAUAGUGCUUAUCCUAAGAAAUCCUGGACACAUCUUGGGGCUGACAUUGCAUCAGGCAAUGAGAGAAUUAUAGUAGAGGACACGGUGGACUGGCGACCCCAUGACAAAAUCGUCCUUAGCUCCUCUUCUUAUGAGCCUCAUGAAGCAGAGGUCCUCACUGUGAAAGAAGUCAAGGGUCGCUAUGUUAGGAUCCAUGAACGGCUCAAACACCGGCAUAUCGGAAGCGUCCAUUUCAUGGAGGAUGGCCAAUAUAUUCGUUUGGCUGCUGAGGUUGGACUUUUGACCAGAAAUAUACAAAUCCAGGCUGAUACAUCAUGUCGGGGGAGACUACUUGUGGGGUCCUUCAGGAAGUCCAGCAGAGAAGAAUUUUCAGGUGUCCUUCAACUUUUAAAUGUAGAAAUUCAGAACUUUGGGUCACCAUUGUUUUCAUCCAUUGAACUCACUAAUGUGUCAGCAAGAUCCUGGAUAAUAUCUUCUACUCUGCACCAAAGUUGCGGUGGGGGCAUUCAUGCAAUUGCCAGUCAUGGGAUCAUUUUGAAAGACAAUGUAGUGUUUAAUACAGCUGGUCAUGGCAUUGCUUUGGAGGGUCAGGCCUAUUCUCUCUAUAAUAACCUUGUGGUUCUGAUGACACAGUCAGCCUGGUCCACAGUUUGGGUAGCAGGAAUCAAAGUAAACCAGGCAAAGGACAUCAAUCUCUGUGGCAACGUUGUGGCAGGAUCGGAGAGACUUGGCUUUCACAUCCGAGGCCAGAGUUGUUGCUCUCCUGAAGCCCUUUGGGCUGACAAUGUAGCCCACUCAAGUCUUCACGGCCUUCAUCUUUAUAAGGAAAGUGGACUUGACAACUGUACUAGUAUCUCUGGCUUUUUGGCUUUCAAGAACUUUGACUAUGGUGCCAUGCUUCAUGUGGAGAACAGUAUGGAGAUAGAGAAUGUCACUCUGGUGGACAACACGAUCGGUCUCUUGGCAACAGCAUAUGUGUCUUCAGUUCGACAGAGCUCUGUUGAAAAUGUGCAGAUCGUACUAAGGAAUUCGGUCCUUGUGGCCACUAGCUCCUCUUUUGACUGCAUUCAGGACAGGGUCAAGCCUUGCUCGGCCAACCUGACAUUAACAGACCGAGCUCCUUCCAACCCAAGAGGAGGUCGAGUUGGUAUUCUGUGGCCUGUAUUCACCUCUGAACCAAAUCGGUGGCCACAGGAACCAUGGCACAAAGUGAGAAAUGGCCAUUCAAUUUCAGGAAUCAUGAAACUUCAAGAUGUCACCUUUUCUAGUUUUGUGAAGAGUUGCUAUAGUGAUGACCUAGAUGUCUGCAUCCUGCCCAAUGCAGAGAAUACUGGAAUCACUCAUCCCAUAACAGCAGAGAGGACCAAGAUGCUAAAUAUCAAAGAUAAAAACAAGUUCUACUUUCCUCCUUUACAAAGCAGGAAAGAUUUAGGAAUACUGGUCUGCCCUGAAUCGGAUUGUGAAAGUCCAAGAAAAUAUCUCUUUAAGGAUCUGGAUGGGAGAGCCCUGGGUCUACCUCCACCAGUUUCUGUAUUUCCUAAAACCGAGGCAGAAUGGACUGGAUCCUUCUUCAACACAGGUACAUUCAGAGAAGAACAAAAAUGCACGUACCGAUCCCUGAUACCAGGCUACAUCUGCAAACAGACUGACCACGUGAUUUUAAUUCUUGACAAUGUUGAUGUCACUUGGGCAAUGAGGAAGUUAUAUCCUGUUGUAUCUGUGACCAGUGGUUUUGUUGACACCUUUAGUAGUAUAAAUGACAGUACUUCCUGCUUUACCUCAGGGUCUGCAUCUGCUUUCUAUUCCAUUUUACCUACAGGGGCUAUCACCAAGGUCUGCUUUGUGGAUCACACUCCUCAAGUUUUCCGUUUUUUUCUAUUGGGGAACAAAAGCACUUCCAAGCUUCUCUUGGCUGUAUUCUACCAUGAACUCCAGAGGCCCCAUGUUUUUUUAGGGGAACGUUUCAUUCCAUCUACUCUGGUUCAAUCAACUUCCUCAUUGCUGGAUGAGUCUGUUGGUUCCAACUAUUUCAACGUGAUGGAUAAUCUCUUGUAUAUUGUCCUACAAGGAGAGAAGCCCAUUGAAAUACGCUCAAGUGUUUCCAUUAAUUUGGCUUUCACUGUGAUGUUUUCAGUCCUAGAAAAAGGCUGGGAAAUCAGGAUCCUUGAAAGACUAAUUGACUUCUUGCAGGUUAGCCAAGACCAAAUCAGAUUAAUUCAAGACAUGCCUGGCAAUGAAGCAACCUUAAAGGCCAUUGCUGACCAUAGAGCAAAGAGAAAGCGCAAUUGCCCAACUGUGACUUGUGCCAGUCAUUAUAGAGUUGGUCAACGUAGACCUCUCAUGAUGGAAAUAAGCUCAUAUUUGGUCCCACCACCAACCACCAUGGAAACUAUCUCAAAAAUAAUGGUCAUCGAAAUUGGUGAUCUGCCAACAGUAAGGAGCACUGGCCUGAUCCCAUCCUUAUCAUGUAACAAAUUACAGGAUUUGGCUCACCAGGUUAUCACUGCUCAACAGACGGGAGUACUAGAAAACGUUCUGAACAUCACUAUUGGGGCCUUACUGGUGACUCAGUCAAAGGAAGUCAAUGCCUAUGGAAAUACCAGCAACUUUAAAACUGGGAACUUGAUAUAUAUUCGGCCUUAUGCUCUUUCAGUCCUAGUCCAGCCUUCAGAUGGAGAAGUGGGAAAAGAACUGCCAGUACAACCACAACUCAUUUUUGUGGAUAAGCAGAAUCGGAGAGUAGAGUCCUUGGGAUCCCCCUCAGAGCCUUGGGCCAUUUCUGUUUCCCUGGAAGGGACGUCCAACUCAGUGCUGCAAGGGUGUACUCAGGCAGAAACUCAAGAGGGUUACGUGAGCUUCUCCAACCUGGCAGUUUUGAUCUCUGGGUCAAAUUGGUACUUUAUUUUUACUGUCACUUCCCCUCCAGGAGCCAAUUUUACAGCUCGAUCCAGGCCAUUUGCUGUCUUCCCCGUGACUGGGUCAGAGAGAUCAACCAUAAUCCUGGCUGCUUCCCUCUGCUCAGUGGUCUCAUGGCUAGCUCUCUGCUGUCUUGUGUGCUGUUGGUUUAAGAAAAACAAAAGCAGAAAAAUAAAAAGUGAAAAUAUUUCUGAAUCCCAGACUAAUGAUCAAAAGAAUCACGUCCAUGUCUCAUCCAAGCACCAAGGAUCACAGGUAGAGACUACAAAAGAAGACCCCACAAUGGGAGAAGAUAUGAGGACGAAGGUCAUUCUGGGAAAGCUGAACCGGCUCCCUCAUGAGUCAUUAAAUGGAGUGUCAAGAAGGAAAGUCAGCCGCCGUGCUGUCCGAGAGGAGGGUGGCAGCCGAGAAGCUGCUGUGCCAGCUGCCAGUAUUACCUGUGUCACAUCCCACGGGCACACCUGUACUCUGGGGUCUCCUGCACAGCAGGUGUACGUGCAAGAGAAUGGGAACUGGAAGGAGGCACAAGAACAGUUGCUCAGAUACCAGCUGGCAGGCCGGGAUCAGCAGCUGCUUCUCUGUUCAGACCUUGGACAAGAAAGGCAGAAAUUGCAGGACCAAAGUCGGUUGGGCAAGGACAGUGGCAGCACACGGCUUUCCCAAGAGAGUAAAGCCUCCUGUGGUGCCACCGAAGCAUUCUGCCUUCAUUCGGUACACCCAGAAGCAAUUCAUGAACAGCUGUGAUUAAGGGGUGUGUGGGCAUUUGGGCUGAAAGUCAGAAUGUUCAAAAUAUUUCUGGAAGAUGAGCAGGGGAGAUGAGGCCUGACUUGUGUGGGUACUAAGAAGGGAGAAUAUGCUCUCUGAAUUGUCAUUUUUCAACUUUAAAAUGGAAGAUAGUCAUAUAAAUG